AUGUGCAAGACGCUGCUGGAGGUUGACGCUGUGCCGGUCUUCAUUGAUGAGGAGCUGGCGUACAACCACUACGAGGGCUUCUCGAAGCAGAUUCUGUGGCCGCUGCUGCACUAUAUGGCGUGGAAUGACGCCCAAGCCCCGGAGCCCGCGUGGUGGAUGAGCUACCAGAAGGUCAACGAGCUCUUUGCCAACGCCGUCAGCUCUGUUUAUGCCGACGGCGAUAUCGUGUGGGCCCAUGACUACCACCUGCUGCUUCUGCCGCUCAUGCUGCGCGAGAUAUACCCCACGGCGCCAAUCGGCCUGUUCCUGCACUCACCGUUCCCCAGCUCAGAGCUGUUCCGGUCGCUGCCGCAGCGCAAGGAGAUUCUCAACGGCAUGCUGGGCGCCACCAGCAUCGGAUUCCAGACCUACUCGUAUGCCCGCCAUUUCCUGAGCUCGUGCACACGUGUGCUCGGUCUUGAAUCGACUCCGACCGGCGUCGACUACAACGGCAGCAUGGUCUCCAUCGGCGUGUUUCCCAUCGGCAUCGACGUCAAGGCCGUGCAGGAAAGAGCCUCGCAGCCCAAUGUCCUGGCCAAGAUGAAGAGCCUGCGCGAGACAUACACCAACAAGCUAAUCAUCAUCGGCCGAGACAAGCUGGAUGAGGUCGCCGGUAUCACGCAGAAGCUCGAGUCCUUCGAGCUGUUUCUGGAGACACACCCCGAGUGGCAGGGCAAGGUUGUGCUGAUCCAGGUCACCCAGCCCGGCCAGCGCCGUCAGCCACGGCUUGAGGCCAAGAUUUCGGAGCUGGUCACAUCUAUCAACAGCAACUACGGCUCGCUCGAGUUCAUGCCCGUCCUUUACCACCACUCGUUCCUCGAAACCGACGAGUACAUGGCGCUGCUCAACAUUGCCGACCUCUGCUUCAUCACGGCUAUCCGCGACGGCAUGAACACUGGCUCCCUCGAGUAUGUUGUGUGCCAGAAGACCAAGCACAACCCGCUGAUUCUCAGCGAGUUCACCGGCACUGCGGGCUCAGUAAGCGGCGCCAUCCAGAUCAAUCCGUGGGACUACCGCGACGUUGCGAAUGCGAUCAAUUCGGCGCUGUGCAUGUCACCCGAUGAGAAGAAGGUGCGGUUCGACCAGAUGUACCGCCAUGUCAUCAGCCAUGAUGCACAGCACUGGGCUACUUCAUUCAUCCAGGAUCUGCGCGCCCUAGUGCUGGCCGGCCAGAACAGCAGCGCGACCCCAUACCUGGAUAUGCCUCUGUUCACAAAGUGCUUCUCCGAUUCCAAGAAGCGCCUGCUCAUGUUCGAUUACGACGGCACCUUGACGCCGAUCACCAACAUCCCCGCCGAAGCCCUGCCGCCCGCCGACAUGCUCAAGGCUAUGCGCCGCCUGUGCGCUGACCCGCAGAACUCGGUGUGGGUUAUCUCUGGCCGUGACCGCCAGUUCCUUGACCUGCACCUCGGUGAAAUCCCGGGUCUCGGGCUCAGUGGCGAGCACGGCUCGUUUAUUCGUUAUCCAGACACCGAGUGGGUCAACCUGCUGGCCACCAUGGAUAUGAGCUGGAAGGAUGACGUCCUGUCGAUUUUCACCUUCUUCAAGGAGCGUACAGCCGGAUCAACCAUCGAAGCCAAGGAGACAUCCAUCACCUGGCACUACCGCAAUGCUGAUCCCGAGUACGGCGAAUUCCAGUGCAAGGAAUGCAUGAACCACCUUGAGAACGCCGUCGUGUCGAAGCUUCCUGUCGAGAUCUUGGUCGGCAAGAAGUGCCUGGAAGUGCGCCCCAUUUCAGUAAACAAGGGCGAGAUCGUCAAGCGUCUGCUCGGCAACGACCCCGACCAGUGGGAGUUUGUUGCUUGUGCUGGUGAUGACAAGACCGACGAAGAUAUGUUCAGAGCCCUGCGCCAUGCUCGCCGCGAUAUUGCAAAGCAUGCAAACGGCGACCGCCAGGAUGUUGCUGCUACCAAUGGCACCAAGGAUGAUGAUGAUAACGAGCCCUCGGCGUUCAUCGAUACACCGCCAUACUACUUCACCAUCACUGUUGGCCCAGCCGAGAAGAAGACGGCCGCAUCGUGGCACGUCAAUACUUCGGAGCAGGCUGUCGAGGCACUGGCGUGGCUGGCAGCCUCAAGCAAUCCUGGCAGAUUGUAG